UGGAUUUCCUUUAGUAUCCGAGGCUCCCUCAGGCAAUAGAAAUGCCGCCUUCCUAGAGUGCCCUUGCCCUGGAACCAGGCAGGUGGAUCCUGUUGGAGCUUCGUCCCUUUUGCGGCUGCUGCCCGUGGAGCAUCUUCCCUUUGCAGGGUGGCCAGGACCGUGUCGUUGGGGGUGGGGGAUCUGGGUGCGCGUGUUCCUCUUCCUUCGACCUUUCCAGAGCCUUUGCGUUUCAGGGAACGGUGCCUCCUGGGUUCCGUCCUGUGGCCAAGAGCCCUACAAGCUGUAGCAGGAGGCCUCUGGGGACCCCGUCCACCUUGAUGCUUGCAAACAGACAGCUUGCAUCCUCCUCCUCCUCUUGGGCUUGGUCCAGCGUUCCCACUCCCAGCCUCCUCGGGGCAUGGCUGCCGAGAGGCCACAGAGAGUCAGCGGGGAGAAAGAAAGAGACGAGAACAAAGAGGAGGAGGAGGAGGAGGCGGCAAAUGUGUUCCUGCCCUGGGAAGACAACUGGAGACCCUGGCCAAAAGCCCGGCGCAAGGUGCACGGUUGCCUGGAGUGCCUCAAGCGGCAGCUCUUCCGAGUUGGGGACGAUUGGUAUUACCUCUUCGCCCUGGGCGUCAUCAUGGCGCUGGUCAGCUUCGCCAUGGACUUCACGGUCUCCAGGGUUGCCAGCGCGCACCUGUGGCUUUACCAAGAGGUCGGAGACUACCCGGUGCUGAAGUUCCUCUCCUGGACCAUGUACCCAGUCGCGCUCUCCGCUUUUUCCACGGGCUUUGUCCAAAGCAUUACCCAGCACGCUGGAGGCUCUGGCAUCCCCGAACUCAAGACCAUCCUGACGGGAGUCAUCCUGGAGGAGUACUUGGCCAUAGAGAACUUUGGGGCCAAAGUCGUGGGGCUGACCUGCACACUCGCCUGCGGGAGCACCCUCUUCCUCGGCAAAGUGGGACCCUUUGUUCACCUCUCCAGCAUGAUUGCCGCCUACCUGGGCAAGAUCCGGACCAGCGUUUCUGGGGAGUACGAGAAUAAAAGCAAGCAGAACGAGAUGCUGGUGGCAGGAGCGGCUGUGGGCGUGGCGACCGUCUUUGGCGCACCCAUCAGCGGGGUCCUCUUCAGCAUCGAGGUCGUGUCCUCCCACUUCGCUGUCCGGGAUUACUGGAGGGGCUUCUUCUCGGCGACUUGUGGCGCCUUCAUGUUCCGCCUGUUGGCCGUUUUCAAUAGCGAACAAGAAACCAUCACAGCCCUCUUCAAGACCAGCUUUAAGAUCGAUUUCCCCUUUGACCUGCCGGAGACCAUUUUCUUCACCUUCCUCGGCGUGAUCUGCGGCGUGCUGAGCUGCGCGUACCUCUUCUGCCAGCGCUGGUUCCUGGGCUACGUCCGGAGGAACCGCUUCACAGCCAGACUGCUGGCCGCCGAGAAACCCCUCUAUUCGGUGCUGGUGGCCUUCCUCUUGUCCUCCAUCACCUUCCCUCUGAGCCUGGGACAAUUCAUGGCCUCCAGGCUGAACAUGAAGGAGCUGCUCACCUCCUUGCUUGAUAACCGUACCUGGAGCGUCCUUUCCCAGAACGUGUCCCUCGACAGGCCUCCCCAGGUGGACCCCCUCAACCUGUGGCAGGAGUGGUGGCACCCGGACAUCUCCAUCUUCGGCACCCUGUCCGUCUUCCUGGUGAUGAAGUUCUGGAUGCUGGUCUUGGCCACCACCAUGCCUAUGCCCGCUGGGUACUUUAUGCCCAUCUUCAUUUACGGAGCUGCCAUCGGGCGCUUGGUGGGCGAAGCCGCAGCCCUCCUCUUCCCCCUGGGCAUCACUGCUGAGGGCCCUCCCAGCCCCAUUAUCCCCGGGGCCUAUGCGCUGGCAGGGGCCGCUGCCUUCUCUGGCUCGGUCACCCACAGCCUCUCCACUGCCUUGCUGGCCUUCGAGAUGACCGGGCAGAUCGCCCACAUCCUGCCUGUCCUACUGGCUGUCCUGGUGGCCAACGCCAUUGCCCAGAAGUUCCAGCCUUCCUUCUACGACGGCACCAUCAUCGUGAAGAAGCUGCCGUACCUUCCUCGCAUCCGCAGCAGGGACAUCGAGUCCUACAGGGUCAUCACCCAGGAGUUCAUGAACACCGAUUUCGUCAUCCUGUCCCAGGAAGCCACCUUUCACGAUGUCCUCCAGGUGCUCACCAUGACGGAGGACCAGGAGUACCCUGUGGUAGACAAUGCAGAGUCUCAGAUGCUGCUGGGGGCGAUCCAGCGGUCCAGCCUCAUCCGGUUUCUCCAGAGCCAGGAGGAUUCCAGCUUGCCACAGGAGGAGCUGGGGAAAGAGCUUCUCUCGGGCCAGACGUUGAAAGAAGGCUGCACCAUCAGUCCUGUGACCCUGCAGCUCUCCCCGUGGACAUCCCUGCACCAGGCCCACAACCUCUUUGAGAUGCUGAACCUGCAACGGGCUUUUGUCACCCAGCUGGGGAAAGUGGUGGGGAUCGUGACCAGGAGGGAGCUCAGGAAAGCUAUCGAAGAGCUGGCCAACCCCAAAGCCGGGUGAUCGUAAAGCCCGUGGGAGAGAGAGAGAGAGAGAAGAGAGCGCUGGAGGGGU